AUGGUUGUCACCUCAAUACCAGCACAAGGCCUGUAUCCGCUGGUUAAGCUCCCGCACCCUUUCCUGGCUUCAUACCGGGUGCUCGCGAUUGAAAAUAGAACACCAACAAGGUUUGUCUUGACAUUAGACGAAGAAACACCUAUUGGACGGACAUUACCGGAACCAUUGCACCAUAACUCGCUGUCGUGGUACGAUUUGACAUUCAGAACAAAGAAUGAAUGCCCUCCUGAGUCUAAUAAUAGUGCAUGGGCUCGGGCAGUUCGAAGCCCAGAAACCACCUUCCAAUGGUCAGAAAAUACCCCACCUUCGUUGGGUCAAGUUUGGAAUGUAAUACAUGCUAUCUACCUUGCUCAUCCAACCUAUGAGUGUUUCAGACUUAGCUUGCUUGGUUCAGGGAAAGACAUUGUGCGAACGGAAUUGCUUUUGACUGGCCUCGGAAUUGAAUGUCCGGAAAGAUGGUUUGCAAAGGAGAAAGACAUGGUAAACUCAGAAAGUCUCUUGGUUCUUCGAAGUGCCUUCUGGCAAGGUGCCGCCUCUCCUAUGGGCCCUCGUCCUAUUUGGGCAGUUGGUGAUGCCACCGAUGGUCCUUUGAGAAGAUCCUCAGCUCAAUAUCCAGCUAUGCCAGAGAGCUAUCAAUUCACGAUGAAGUUCCCAGGAGAACCAGUUUAUGCUCGCCAUCCGAUACGCCGGAAAAAGCCAUAUCCAGGUUCAAUAGUAUACAGUCGCUACAUUCCGGAGCUCAACGAGCAUUUCUCACUUGAGGUGGUUGAUUGGGAGAAUGACAGUGAUCUGAAGCUUUUUAAUAAGUGGCAAAAUGAUCCCCGCGUUGCGAAAGGCUGGAAUGAGACCGGGACAUUAGAGCAGCAUCGUGAAUAUCUGCGAAAACUACAUUUUGAUCCUCAUGUUCUUUGCUUGUUCGGACGGUUCAACGAAUCCCGUUUCGCCUAUUUCGAACUGUAUUGGUCAAAAGAGGAUCACUAUGGCGCUCAUUACGACGCUGGAGACUACGACCGAGGACGUCACUCCCUGGUUGGGGACGCGUCAUUUAGAGGACCUCAGCGGGUCAAUGCAUGGUACUCUAGCUGCAUUCACUACUGCUUUCUGGACGAUUCACGAACAGCAAACGUAGUAGGCGAGCCACGAGCGAGUGGCUCAACUAUACUAUCAUAUGAGAAUUCCCAGGGUCUGACCAUCGGUAAGUAUGUUGAUCUAGAUCAUAAGCGGUCGGUUCACUCGGUCUGUAGCCGAGAAAAAUGGUUUCAGUUGUGCCCAUUAUUCUGGGAUGGGCGAGAACGGCCAUUGGAAUCGGCUGAUCGUGCAGCUUGGAACGCGAAACUCCGAAAGUUUGUAACUUGCAAUGGCACCUGCAUCAGUAUCCCGAUAACACGAACGAGGCUGUUCAAACCCAGCUUGCUACCAAUACAGCCUAUGGUACGGUUCAUGAAGAAGCUUGCAGGCUAUCCUAGUCUAUUAUUGGCUGGCAACCCUUCAAAGUUUGAUAUAUGCAUGCUCCUGGCAGCUAUAUCCUGUGCAAUAGCAUCUGGAGUUCCGUUCCCAUUGAUUGGGAUUCUAUUCGGCCAACUUCUCAACGACUUCAAUGCAGUAACAUGCGAUUCAUCGGAAUCGUCUGACUCUGGGCCGUCUUAUCAACACAGCAUCAAUAACAAAAUUCUGAUAAUUGUAUACUUGGCCAUCGCUCAGUUUGUAUUGAUAUAUGCCCACCUUUCGUGUUGGAGUCUAUACGGUUCACGACUGGCGCAAAGAUUGCGAGAAAGCUACCUCAAGAGCCUGCUUCGACAAGAGCCAUCCUUCUUCGACAAUCUCCCCCCAGGAGAAGUUGCGUCCCGACUUAGUGGUGAUAUCCAAGCAAUUCGUUCCGGUACAUCUGAAAAAGUCGGAAUAUGUCUCUCAAGUUUCUCUUUUUUUGCCACAGCGUAUAUAGUGGCCUUUAUAAAAGAUUACACACUUGCGGCAAUGCUUAUUUCAUUAGUUCCGGCGUAUUUUCUAAUGUCGUUUAUCGGAAGCCACUACAUCGAGAAAUAUUCUGUGAUGAUGUCGGAUUAUGCCGCUACUGCUGCGUCAAUUGCAUCGGAGGCACUUUCCAAUAUCGUUGUAGUACAGGCAUUCGGUGCGAACACAAGGCUAGAAAAGAAGUUUUCCAGUGCUCUUAAAGCUUCGGAAACGGAAGGCUUGAAAAAGGCCACAGCAGUUGGCAUACAGUCCGGCUUUUUGUAUUUUAUCGCCUACUCUGCGAAUGGGCUAGCAUUUUGGCAAGGCAGUAGACGUAUCGCUGAUGCAGUGCGUUCGGACUCAGCUGGGGCCACCGUAGGUGCUACCUUCACAGUGAUCUUUAUACUUAUUGAAGCCACCUUACUGCUGAGCCAAGUUGCGCCAUUUCUCCAUCUCUUCGUGGCAGCUGUUGCAUCAUUCCACAAGUUGAGCGAAGAUAUUAGUCGCGAGCCACUGAUUGACGGCACUACCUCGUCAGGGCUGCGCUUCUCACAAGCUGACGGUGGGUUUGAAUUCAAAAAUGUUUCCUUCAAGUAUCCAUCUAGGCCUGAAAUCACUGUUCUCGAUCAGGUCAACCUCCGUAUUGUUCCAAAGCAGCAUACUGCCAUUGUGGGGCUUUCAGGCAGGCUGGUUACCAGGUUAUACGAUCCAACAGAGGGACAAAUCCUCCUUGAUGGGCAGGACCUUAGCUCUAUCAACACUCAUGAUCUAAGAGGUUUCCUGAGUCUCGUGCAGCAGGAGCCGUCUCUUCUCGAUCGCUCUCUUUUAGAGAAUAUUGCGCAUGGUUUGAUUAACUCGAGUAACCCUGCUCACGCACACUUAAAAAAGAUAUUAAUCGGCUCUGACCUGGCAGAUAUGGCAGGAGAAGUAAGGGAUGGUAUGGAUCUAGAUGUUGCGGCAGACAAACGCGGUGCGAAUAUGGCUGAAAUCAUUAAGUUGGUCAAAAAUGCUGCAUCACUCGCAGAUGCAGAUAAAUUCAUUACAGCAUUGCAGCAUGGAUAUGGCACGGUUGUAGGCUCGAGUGGCCGCUUAAUCAGUGGUGGUCAAAAGCAAAGAGUAGCCCUAGCUAGGGCACUGAUCAAGAACCCGACAAUUCUCAUAAUGGAUGAGGCGACGGCUUCUCUCGAUUCGCAAAGCGAACGACGUAUCCAACGAGCCAUCUCGAAGAUCUCUAGCGGCCGAACUAUGAUUACCAUUGCACAUCGUCUUUCGACGGUAACCGAAGCUGACAAUAUUAUCGUUAUGCACAAGGGUCGCAUAGUGGAAGAAGGAAACCAUUCGACAUUGAUGGUUAAGAAUGGGAGUUACGCAGAUCUGGUUAGGUUGCAAACUUUGAGAUCUACAUCUACGAAUAGUGAAAAUUCCAUCAACGAGGAUACCAUUAGCGACUCUGAUCAAUCCUCUUCGAUAGAUGGCUGUCUCGGAAAGGACAGUGAAAACGUCGAAAGCACUGAACUGUCGAUAAGGGAAGAUAUAGUAUCUGAUACAAGGAAAGAAGAGGAAUAUGAAGAGCCAGAAACUCCAUCAAAAUCUUUGUGGGCUGUACUGCAUGGUUACGGUCCGACGUUGAGACCACAUCUUCUCAUGCUUCUCCUGGCACUUCUUGGUUCCACUAUCGUUGGCGGAGCCUUUUCUGGUGAGGCUGUUAUCUUCGGAAAUACUGUUGGAAGUUUGAAUACUUGCAAGAGUGCAGAUAGCAUUAGAUCCCAUGGCAACUUCUUUGGACUCAUGUUCUUCGUACUAGCGAUCAUCGAGUUCUUUGCUAAUGUGGCUAGUUGGACCGGAUUUGGCUGUGUUUCCGAGAAGAUUGUCUACACCGUUAGGGUUUUAUCAUUCAGGUCAUUAUUUGACCAGGACCUGCAAUGGCAUCAGUCUCAAGGACGGACUCCACCAUUACUCCUCUCCUAUAUUACCAGGGAUGGCAGCGCUUUGGCUGGUUUGAGCGGCUCCGUCAUUGGAACUCUAUUUUCUAUCACUGUCAACCUCAUUGCAGCAAUUAUAUUGACACAUAUAAUAGCUUGGAGAAUAGCACUGGUGUGUCUUGCUUUAGUUCCACUCUUACUUGGCGCAGGGCUUAUGGAACUUCAUGUUCUUGGCAAGUUCGAAGAACGGCAUGAGAAUGCUUAUACUAAAUCAGUUGACAUUGGCGUCGAAGCAGUUACAUCGAUCAAAACCAUUGCAUCCCUAUCGCUUGAAGAAAAAACGCUUAGAACGUACCUGGAAUCAUUGAAGGGGCCUCGCAAGGAAACGACAAAAGUCACCCUGCAAGCAAGCUUUUGGCAAGCACUAACUUACUUUUUCGGAAAUCUUGUAAAUGCGCUAGCCUAUUGGUGGGGUGCUAAACAAAUCAUCGUCGGCAAUUAUACACAGACGCAGUUCCUAAUUGUCGUAUUCUCACUUCUUGUCAGCGCUCUGCUUUGGAGUCAGAUGUUUGCUCUGGCACCCGAACUUUCCAGUGCCCGCGCUGCAAUGGCCAGAAUCUUGGGCCUCAUCGAGAUAGGGUCAGACAAAAUGCAAGGCCAUGUUCCAGACCGUGAAUCAUCAAUCCCAUACCUGAAAGAAAAUGACCCCGAAGCGAUUGUCGAAUCGAAACACUCUCGUAUUAGCAGUAACCUUGCUUCAAGUGUACAACUACGUGACAUCCAAUUUUCAUAUCCCGCUCGACCACACGUCAAAGUAUUAAAGGGUCUCAGCAUUGAUAUCACGCCUGGCAAGUUCUGCGCCCUUGUCGGUCCAAGUGGUGCCGGUAAAUCAACAAUAAUCUCGCUUGUUGAACGACUCUAUACCCCACAGUCUGGAUCUAUCUUGAUUGAUGGCGUCGAUGUGACGAAACAUCGGGAAACAUCUUUUCGCGACACGAUUGCAUUAGUACCGCAGGAAAGUGUCCUUUUUGAAGGAACUAUCGAGUUUAAUAUUGGUCUUGGGGCUAGAUCAGGGACCGAAGCCAGCAUAGAUGAAAUACAAGAGGCUUGUAAACUGGCUAACAUUCACGAAACAAUUCAAGCGCUCCCGGAUGGUUAUAAAACCAUGUGUGGACCUAACGGUAAUCAAUUUUCGGGGGGUCAAAAGCAAAGAUUAUCUAUUGCUCGAGCCCUUGUUCGCAAACCGAAGCUGCUUAUCUUAGAUGAAUCGACCAGUGCGUUGGACGCCGAAUCCGAGAAACUGCUGCAAGAUGGACUUCAAAAGGCCGUCAGAGGAAUUACUGUCAUUGCAAUUGCCCAUCGUCUGCACACCAUAAAAAAUGCAGACAUUAUUUUCUUGAUCGACUCUGGCGAAUGUGUUGAUCACGGAUCACAUGAGGAACUGUUAGAAAGAUCGGAAAGCUAUCGGGCGAACGUUAUGCAUCAAACGGUUGCGGAAUAAUGUUAGUUGAAAUGAAC